GAGCGCGGCCCGAGCGGCGCCAUGGACAGCCGGCGCUGAGGCGGCGUGUGAAGGAGGGUGAGCGAGAGGCAGAGCGAUCGACGGCCGGGCAGCCAGCUAUGGAGCAGGCAGCCGGGGCUGGGGCCGCCGUGUGGCUGUGGGCGCUGCUGGCGGCGGUGGCGGCGGGCGGUGGGCCGAGCGUCUACACCAACACCUGGGCCGUGCAGGUGGCGGGCGGGAGGCAGCAGGCGGAGCGGCUCGCCCGGCAACACGGCUUCAUCUACCUGGGCCAGAUUUUCGAUGAUUACCAUCAUUUUCGGCAUCAAGGAGUAGUGAAACGGUCAUUGAAUGCCCAUGUUCACCAUCACAAUAGACUGCGGCAGGCACCUGAGGUCAAAUGGCUGGAACAGCAAGUUGCGAAAAAAAGAACAAAGCGUGAUACUUACAUUGAGCCAAAUGACCCCAAGUUUUCACUGCAGUGGUAUCUGCAUAAUUCAAAUCGUCAUGACCUGAAUGUGCAAGAUGCCUGGAGACAAGGUUUCACAGGGAAGGGUGUGGUGGUUUCUAUUCUGGAUGAUGGAAUCGAGAAGGAUCACCCGGACUUAAAAGAUAAUUAUGAUGCUGACGCCAGUUACGAUGUGAACAAUGAGGACUCUGACCCUCAACCUCGUUACACACAGCUGAAUGAUAACCGGCACGGAACUCGUUGUGCUGGGGAAGUCGCUGCUGCUGCGAACAAUAAUAUAUGUGGCGUGGGGGUGGCCUACAAUGCCAAAAUAGGAGGUGUGCGAAUGUUGGACGGAGAGGUGACUGAUGCGGUCGAAGCCAAGUCCCUCAGCAUGAAUCCACAGCACAUUGACAUCUACAGCGCCAGCUGGGGCCCGGAAGAUGAUGGGAAGACAGUGGAUGGGCCCGCUAAGCUCGCACAGGCAGCAUUCUUCAAAGGCAUUACUCAGGGACGCGGAGGUCGCGGCUCGAUAUUCGUGUGGGCCUCUGGAAACGGUGGUCGGGAGCGGGACAGCUGUAACUGUGACGGCUACACGAACAGCAUUUACACCCUAUCCAUCAGCAGCACCACGCAGAACGGCAACGUGCCCUGGUAUAGUGAGGCGUGCUCCUCAACGCUCGCUACCACCUACAGCAGCGGAGAACAAUUUGAAAAGCAGAUUGUCACCACUGAUCUCAGACAGAAAUGUACAGAGUCGCACACUGGCACGUCAGCUUCAGCUCCGCUUGCUGCUGGAAUCAUUGCCCUGGCAUUGGAAGCAAAUAAGAACCUGACCUGGCGGGACAUGCAACACCUUGUAGUCCGGACAUCCAAACCAGCCCACCUCUCCUCCAAGGACUGGAUUACAAAUGGAGUUGGCCGCAAAGUCAGUCACUCCUAUGGCUAUGGACUUCUGAAUGCUGGAGCGAUGGUUGAACUGGCUAAAAACUGGACCAAUGUGGGGAAUCAGCGCAAAUGUGUCAUUGUUAUCACCUCUGAGCCAAAGGAUAUCGAGAGGCGGUUGGAAAUACGGAAGAGUGUCGACGCUUGCCUGGGGACACCAAAUUUUAUUCAGUCCUUAGAACAUGUGCAGGCAAGGAUCACACUAUCAUUUAGCAAGCGUGGAGACUUGGCUUUAUACCUCACCAGCCCCAUGGGGACAAGGUCUAUUCUGUUGCCACUAAGACAACGUGACUAUUCGUCUGAGGGAUUUACAGACUGGGCCUUCAUGUCCACGCAUUCAUGGGACGAAAAAGCAACCGGCGAGUGGCUUCUGGAACUGGAGAACAUGUCUGACCAAAACAACUAUGGAACCCUGAGGCAGUUUACACUGGUCCUCUAUGGUACAGCAGCAGUGACCGAUGACCAGCUUGAUCCUGCCAACAUCACGCUGCCUGCCAACUGCAAGACUCUGAACUUUCAGCAUGUGUGUGUGGAAUGUAAAGAUGUGUACUUCCUGCACCAGCAAAGCUGCGUGGAGAAUUGCCCAGACGGUUUUUACAAAGGAAUCAUCGACGGCCCCCUGGAGAAUAACAUUGUUCCUCCCAAGGUGCUGGCCUGCGUGUCUUGCCAUGCCUCGUGCCGCACCUGCAACAGCUUCGCCUCCACCCGUUGCCUAUCCUGCCUCCCGCACUCGCGCUACAACGAAGCUGAAAUGAGCUGCUCGCCUCAGCUGCAGGUCAGCAGGGAGUCACCACUGGAGGACGAGGAGGUGGUCGAGCCGUUAACUGUGUCCCACGUACCCGUGUGGUUUGCGUUGACUAUCUGUGCCUUUAUCAUCAUGGUUUUUUUUAUCAUAUUUAUAGUUCUUCAGGUCAGGUCUGGAUUCCAGUUUGGCAAAGUGAAGGUGUACACACUGCAGAAUGGCAAAGGGAUUAUAUCAUACAAAGGAAUUUCUGACUCCUGGAAGGAUGGUGAUUUAUCCGAAUCGGAUUGCGAUGAAUUUGACGUCGAGGGCCAAAGUGAGAGAAUUGCUUUUAUAAAGAAAAUACAAAGUGUCCUCUAGCCUUCCGUCGAAGUAUCCUCUCAUUAAUGAAGGGUUAGGUGUCUAUUGGUGUCAUGGAC